CGUGUGGAGCACGCCCAGGACUGUUAUCUUUCACAAAGCUUCUUUCUAACAUUUGUCGACAACAGGAAGCAAACUUGUUCACUUGUGAUCCGACGGUGAAUGUGAUGGAAGAUAUUAGUGUUUUAUCGGAAAGCAUUAUUCAAAUAGAAGCUGUAAGCAUUUUCUAUAAUGUAUAUUUGAUAUACUGUUAGAGCGUGAUAUGCCAAUAUUUAAGAUAGCCUACGAUUAAGGGUACCCAAACGAAGACUAUCAUGUAGUUAAUGAAACGCGAAAUGAGUUAUACUGUAUGUUCUAAGUGCAGCAUAUGUUAACAGUACACACAUUUUUUGUGUUACCUCCAGUUCCAAGAAGAACCGGUUGAUGUGAAGGAAGAAUUUCCUGGAAUGCCUCUACAUGAAGAAAAGAAACGUUUUGCAAUGUUCUAUCCCUCUGAACUUUGGCAGCAGUAUGGAACUUCCGUUUUCCCUGAAGCUAGGUUUUAUAGAAAAAUAAAAGAUAAAGCCAUCGGAUUUAGCCCACAUGCCUGCAGCAGACGAGACGAUAGAAAUAUUGCAGAAUCAGAAAUACGUAAAUGUAAUUGCUACAAAAGAAUAACGGCUACAGCAAUUGUUACAUUGUUAAUUCUUCAUUAUAUAUCAUAA